AUGGCGACCACCUGCACGGUCCUCACCGGCGCCGUGCGUGCCGUGAAGCUGCUCAAGGUCGACAGUUUCCGCCUGGCGUACAAGACCAUGCGCGAAGGUGAGUUCCUCAGAACCAGCUGGAACGUCGACGGCCACGACGUCGAAAUCCGGUGGUACCCUGGGACAGCGAUGGCACCGGUCGAGCUCGUGUUCCUCACCAAAACUGCAAGCACCUGCAACGUGAGGGCGAGCUUUGGCUGUCUCCUGGUACACCCGAGGCUGCCGCAGCCGCACAAUGGCAACGAAGAAAAGACCGUGUGGCAUGUGUUCAAGCAUCCCAAGGACUGUUCGCUUCGAGUCUCGCUUGUGGACCAGACUUCACGCCAAGGAGACUACUUGACCGUCCAGUGCACCGUCACGAUUCUGAAGGAGCUCGCUUAUACGACAACGACGGUGCCUGCGCCGGCAUCCAACAUGCACCAGCACUUCCGGGAGCUCCUGCGGAACGGGACGGGAGCAGACGUCACGUUCCUCGUCUCCGGCAAGGCCUUCGCCGCGCACAAGCUCGUGCUGGCCGCGAGAUCCCCGGUCUUCAUGGCCGAGUUCUUCGGGGACAUGAAGGAGAAGAGCUCCCGGCGCGUGGAGAUCAAGGACAUGGAGGCAACCGUGUUCGGGGCGCUGCUGGAGUUUAUCUACACCGACAAUGUUCCUGAACUUCCUUCGCAAAAAAAAAAAAAUGUUCCUGAACUUGACCGGGAGCUGGAGGCCGUGGCGACGAUGGCUCAGCAUCUGCUUGCGGCGGCUGACAGGUACGGGAUUGACAGGCUCAAAAUUAUGUGCGAGGGCAAGCUCAUCGGUGGCAUCACUGUCGACACGGCGGCGACUACUUUGGCUUUGGCAGAGCAGCACAAUUGCCCGCACCUCAAGGAGAAGUGUGUCGAGUUUAUCAUCAGUACUCCUGCGAUCCUUGACGCCGUGGUGGCGACGGAGGGGUCUAAGCAUCUGGAGGCAAGCUGCCCUUCUGCGCUCACUAGCAUUGUCCUGUCUACGCGUGGGAGAAGGAACUGAAGCGUUGCUAGUCGCUAAAGUCCAAGUUGUUGGUGCUUUCACCUUCGAUGCAUGAUCUAGCAGAACUUAGUUAAGCCUGUCUUUGGCCU